UUUGCGCCACCUUGUAUUACAAAAUAUAACAAAGUGACUUUCUAAUAAAAAAAGAGUGACAGUUGUGCUGCUCUUGUAAUAUCUGCAUCCAUGCGAGGGGUAAGAAUCGGUGGCAGCGCAGCGCCGGGCAAAUAGGUGCAAUUGCUGCAAGUGAGCAGCAAUAACUUGCAAGUGGAACAAUAACGGACACUUGUCGGUAAACAAUUGUGGCAAAUGAACGCUGCUGGUCAGUAUGACGGGUGUACAUAUAAGCUGGUGGGGAAAAAAUAGAGGAAAAAUCUAUAAAAAGGAAGAGUUGGAGGAUAUGUGCUAUGAAUAUAGGGUGAACAAAGUUUCAUGUGAGGGUUGAAGCGCAUUAAGUAUGCAAUUUUGUAGGAGAAAUGUGUAAAAAUAAAAUAGAAAAUAAAAAUAAAAGCAAAAAAUAUCAUAAAAAACGCGCUGUCGCCGUCAGCCAGCCAGCAGUGCAAUUGAGUGGCCGUUUGGUAAAAAAUGCUUUAUAAUGAAAUUUAACUAUUUUUAUGCAGCGAAAGCAAUAAAAAGUGCGCAUGUUGAAAAAUAGCAGUAAAUAGAUAAGUAUCAGCAAAUAACUGUACACAUGUGUCUAUGUACAUAUAGACUUGUGUUAUUAUUUGCCAAACAAUACGCGUGGCGCAUAGACAGUGAAAAAAUGAAGAAAUUACAGCAAAUAUGUAGCGUUGUGGCAACUUAAAAAUGCAAAGAGAAAAAAACAGAAACAAAAAAAUUUAUUGAAAAAAAGUGUAAAUGUAUUUAGUAAAGUGGCCAGCACUGGCGGUGAGCUUACAAAACGCUAAUAAACCAGCCACAACAUAUCCGCAGAGUAAUGAAAUGGGCGCGGAAACUUUUUGCCUCGCCAUGCUUAAAAGCGAUUUUUUCUCUAUAAAAUGAGUAAACCUCCAAAGUGUCAAAGUGUGAUUUAAAAUAAAUUAAAAUGUAAGGCAAGCGCGCUAAAAGUGAUAAGCUCUGAAAACAUAUCAAAUAUUUACAAGUCAAGCGAAAGGAAAGCGGGCGUGUUGCUCAUAUGCCAGAGCGCCUAUGCAAAUUUUGCACGAAAAUUUAAGUAGAAAGUGUAAAAAUAAACGUACAAAGCACUUGGUAGUUGUAGUGAAUUAACGCGUACGAAGCAGCGUUAUUGCCUUCAAGUCCCGCCAUGUCCCUGAAGUGCCCCAAAACUAUUUAUUGCAAGCGCACAGAUCCGUCCACAGCUUUAAAUCCACCAACCCACCCUAAAACAUAUGCUGUUGUAAGUUCUAUGUAUAUGCAGCAGCAUCGCCAUCAUCAUAAUCCAACGAUAAUUCCACGCAAAGUCGUUAGCGAACUUUUGUCAACAGUAGAAAAUAAGUAAAUACGGAAACAUAAAAAUAAAUGGAAAAUGCAAUAGGAAAGUGUAAAAUAAACCAAAAUCUCUUUGAUACAUUAAAUCAACCAACCAACCGCAGUCUGCAACCUACGACCCUCAACCUACGACCAAGUCCAAUAAAGUUCACAUUGCCACCAUUAAUCCCUGCUCCAGCAAUACAGACGGACAUAAAACCACAGCCAAAAUACAGAGAUUCAUCCUUGCUGCUGAUUGCUUUCUGUGUGCUUUAUAUGUGCCGAACGUUGACUGCUGAGUACUGGGUGCUGUUUGCUGCGCGCUAAGUUGUGUACAUACAUACAUUCAAGGCACACGCAAUGAGCCAUCAGUUCCAAGUGAGCUAUACCGCCCUUGAGAUGACCGAUGACAAUCAUCAUGCUUCCUCCAUGCCGUCGGUGGUGUCGUCAUCAUCGCCGCGCACCGCUCGUAUUGUCAAUUUCCAUGGCGAAAUCCAUGACACACCACCCACACCACCGCCCGGCUAUCCACCGCAACAAUUGCCACCAGUACGUCGCACUUCGAAAUCCUUCUUUCAACGGCCGCGCUCGAUGUCCGCUUGGAGUGAUAUUAGCCGCAGUAGUAUGCGUUUGGAUGAACGGUAAGUGAUGCUCGAGUACCAAUAUAAUCGAGUGUGGUGAAACAGACGCUUAUGGGAAGUAUAUAUAUACACACAGAUUUGUAUAUAUAUGUAUGUGUACUUUAGUGCAUUGCACACUUUGAUUGACAACGAUGCACGAGCUGUGCUCUUUGGUUUCCUCUGUAGUGCUGUGUUUUGCUGUAACGUUCGACAUGACGUAUGAGUAACAAGAUUUUGUGGGGCAGAGAACAAUCUUUUAACACGUUUGUUUGUGUCGAGUUGUCAAGGGUGAGUAUAUCUCUAUGUGUUGUAAGCAUUUUCUACCUUUUUAUUUUAUCGUCAUACACGUGACAUGAGAGCGCUUGAUUGCUUAAUUUUUGGAAAUAUGCGUGUGUGUGUGAAUAAUUGAAGAAUUUUUGAAAGGAAAGUGUUGUUAUAGAACCCAAAAGUUAUCUCAUGAAUUUUAAUCCAAACUUUUGACUAGCUCUUUGAUUCCAUAUGGUUGUCGUUUCGAAUAAGUAUGGGGUCUAAAACAAAUUUACCAAAAAAAAUAUAUAUAAAUAAAUAUAUAUGUAUGUAUAUGUAUGUUACAUACAUUAGGAUGUUCCUUAUUUUUCAACUUUCGAAAAGUAGCCACGCCAACUCGGCAUUCGCUUCCAUUACCUAACGCACGAACGCUUGGUUUGAAUUUUUUAGAUUUUAUUUUAGGGGCCGCUGUCACAAGUUAAUGUUUGCGAAAAUUGUUAAAUGUACAAGUCAGUACAAAACCAGUGUUUUAAUUCACAUUUAAUUUAGAAUUUUUCUAAAUAAAUUUUUCAAUAUUUAUUUGAAAACGAUCGUAGUUUAAGUAUAUGUUUUUCCGACCAGUUUUUCAGAUUGUUUUUUACUUUUCACGUGAGGAAAAUUGUUUGUGGGCGUAUGCGCAUGUUGUUGAUGUUUAUUGGGAGUGUCAAUUUAUAAUUAAUUUGUGUAGGAAAGUAUGGGAACACUUACACACCACGAUCGAUCGGCUUCUGCUGUUGUUGUAGCUGUUAACUUUGCCCUGCCAGUGUAGUCUAAAUCACCAGUCGUCUUCGUCUAACUCAUCUAACGUUAGGCCCAGGAAACUUGCUGUUUCGAUAGGUUGGAUCCAGAGGGAGAGGGGUGUUAGAUGAGUGGGUUUGAUGGCGCAUGUGAAAAGGUUAUAACCUCCAGGAUAUAAUUGUGCAAAGGCUACGCGGAUCUCACGGGGAAGCUGGAGCUCUUCAUCUGCUGUAGGUGGUGGUCGGACUCCGAUGACGGCAUUCGGGGAUCGGAAGCUUAAGAAGUUGGUAAGAGUCUCCCGAUGAAUGUCGUUAAUUGUCUGUCUGUACACUGUCCGGUCCAGUAGCUGUCUGUCUGUUUUGUCUUGGAUCUCGGAAGUGCUUGCUGAGCAGUUUAUUAUGCUCCUUUACAGGAAGCAUA